AGAGAGGCGAACCCCGCUGCAUGCUGCUGCCUACGUCGGCGAUGUCCCCAUCCUCCAGUUGCUACUGAUGUCAGGUGCUAACGUCAACGCUAAGGACACACUGUGGCUGACCCCUCUCCAUCGUGCUGCUGCCUCCCGAAAUGAGAAGGUGCUGGGGCUGCUGCUGGCACAUUCAGCAGAUGUGAAUGCCCGGGACAAGCUGUGGCAGACACCAUUGCAUGUGGCUGCCGCCAACCGGGCCACCAAGUGCGCUGAGGCUCUGGCACCCCUGUUGAGCAGCCUCAACGUGGCUGACAGGAGCGGGCGCAGUGCCCUGCACCAUGCAGUGCAUAGCGGGCAUCUGGAGACGGUGAACCUGCUCCUCAAUAAGGGAGCCAGCCUGAAUGUCUGUGACAAAAAGGAGCGGCAGCCUCUGCACUGGGCAGCUUUUCUAGGGCAUUUGGAUGUCCUGAAACUGCUGGUGGCCCGGGGAGCAGACCUUGGCUGCAAGGACCGCAAGGGCUAUGGGCUGCUCCAUACAGCUGCUGCCAGUGGCCAGAUUGAAGUGGUGAAGUACCUGCUCCGGACGGGGGCUGAGAUCGACGAGCCCAAUGCUUUUGGAAACACAGCUUUGCACAUCGCCUGCUACCUGGGCCAGGAUGCUGUGGCUAUUGAGCUGGUGAACGCAGGAGCCAAUGUCAACCAGCCGAACGACAAGGGCUUCACGCCACUGCACGUGGCUGCUGUCUCCACCAAUGGCGCUCUCUGCUUGGAGCUUCUGGUCAAUAAUGGGGCUGAUGUCAACUACCAGAGCAAAGAAGGCAAAAGUCCUCUGCACAUGGCUGCCAUCCACGGCCGUUUCACCCGCUCCCAGAUCCUCAUCCAGAAUGGCAGCGAGAUUGACUGUGCUGACAAAUUUGGGAACACGCCACUGCACGUGGCCGCUCGCUACGGACACGAGCUGCUCAUCAGCACCCUCAUGACCAAUGGCGCGGAUACCGCCCGGCGCGGCAUCCACGACAUGUUCCCCCUGCACUUAGCUGUCCUUUUUGGAUUCUCUGACUGUUGUCGUAAGCUUCUUUCCUCAGGUCAGCUGUACAGCAUUGUAUCUUCACUCAGCAACGAGCACGUGCUUUCAGCUGGGUUUGACAUCAAUACGCCUGACAACCUUGGCCGCACCUGUCUUCAUGCUGCUGCUUCUGGAGGGAAUGUUGAAUGUCUUAAUUUGCUGUUGAGCAGUGGAGCUGACUUGAGGAGGAGAGACAAAUUUGGAAGGACUCCACUGCACUACGCGGCCGCCAACGGCAGCUACCAGUGCGCGGUCACACUGGUGACUGCUGGGGCAGGCGUCAACGAGGCCGACUGCAAAGGCUGCUCCCCCCUCCACUACGCUGCCGCCUCUGACACCUACAGGAGAACAGAGCCCCACUCACCUGCCAGCCACGACGCUGAAGAGGAGGAGCCCCUGAAGGAGUCCCGCAGGAAGGAGGCCUUCUUCUGUCUGGAGUUCUUACUGGAUAACGGUGCAGACCCCUCCCUGCGGGACAGGCAGGGCUACACAGCUGUGCACUAUGCAGCCGCCUAUGGCAACAGACAGAACCUCGAACUGCUCUUAGAAAUGUCUUUUAACUGCCUGGAGGAUGUGGAGAGCACCAUUCCAGUCAGCCCUUUGCACUUAGCUGCCUACAAUGGUCACUGUGAAGCCCUGAAGACACUGGCCGAGACGCUGGUGAAUCUGGAUGUAAGGGACCACAAGGGCCGGACCGCACUCUUUCUGGCCACUGAGCGAGGCUCUACUGAGUGUGUGGAGGUGCUUACAGCCCACGGCGCCUCUGCCCUCAUCAAGGAGCGCAAGCGCAAGUGGACACCCCUGCAUGCUGCUGCUGCCUCUGGUCACACUGACUCCCUGCACUUGCUGAUCGACAGUGGGGAACGAGCUGACAUCACAGAUGUCAUGGAUGCCUAUGGACAAACCCCGCUGAUGCUGGCCAUCAUGAAUGGCCAUGUGGACUGUGUACACCUGCUGCUAGAGAAAGGAUCCACAGCUGAUGCUGCUGACCUCCGGGGCUGCACCGCCCUCCACCGUGGGGCAGUGACUGGCUGUGAGGACUGCCUGGCUGCCCUGCUGGACCACGACGCGUUUGUGCUGUGCCGAGACUUCAAGGGCCGCACGCCCAUCCACCUGGCCUCUGCCUGUGGCCACACUGCGGUCCUGCGGACCCUGCUGCAGGCUGCCCUUUCCACAGACCCCCUGGAUGCCGGCGUGGAUUACAGCGGAUACUCGCCCAUGCACUGGGCCUCCUACACUGGACAUGAAGAUUGUCUGGAGUUGUUACUUGAACACAGCCCAUUUCAAUACCUGGAAGGAAACCCCUUCACUCCUUUGCACUGUGCAGUAAUUAAUAACCAGGACAGCACCACAGAGAUGCUGCUGGGAGCUCUGGGUGCCAAGAUUGUGAACAGCCGAGAUGCCAAAGGACGGACCCCUCUUCACGCCGCUGCCUUCGCGGACAACGUCUCUGGGCUCCGGAUGCUGCUGCAACAUGAGGCUGAGGUGGAUGCCACUGACCACACGGGCCGCACCGCGCUCAUGACGGCGGCUGAGAACGGGCAGACUGCUGCUGUGGAAUUUCUGCUGUAUCGAGGGAAGGCAGACCUAACUGUGCUGGAUGAGAACAAGAACACUGCCCUCCACUUGGCUUGUAGCAAGGGCCAUGAGAAAUGUGCCCUCAUGAUCCUGGCAGAAACCCAAGACCUUGGCCUUAUCAAUGCUACCAACAGUGCGCUGCAGAUGCCACUCCACAUCGCUGCCCGGAAUGGUCUAGCUUCUGUGGUGCAGGCCCUGCUGAGUCGUGGGGCCACAGUGCUGGCUGUGGAUGAAGAAGGUCACACCCCAGCACUGGCCUGUGCCCCCAACAAAGAUGUGGCAGACUGCCUGGCCUUGAUCCUUUCCACCAUGAAGCCUUUCCCACCCAAGGACGCCGUCAGUCCUUUCAGCUUCAGCCUGCUCAAGAACUGCAGCAUUGCAGCAGUCAAGACGAGCCACCCGAUCGAAUUUUCUUUGAAUCUUCUUAUCGAGUGUCCUUUACUAAACUCCAAGGCCCUUCUUUGCCUCUGUAACUUGCUUCUUUAGCUCUUUUCUUCUACAGCUCACUUCUAUC